ACAAGGACAGACAUAUGUAUUAAGUCGAUUACAUCGACCCCAAUGCGCAACUGGUACUUAAUUUAUCGACCCCGAGAGGAUGAAAGGCUAAGUCGACCUCGGCGGAAUUUGAACCCAGGACGUAGCGGUAGACUACGCACUUAAAAAUAGAAAUGUACAAUACCCGACAAGGUUGGGACUGAAAAACGGCCCGAAUUACUUGAGUUUACGGUUUUCUGGAGACAGAUUAGCUAUAUAUACUUAGCUAUAUACUCCAUGUGUCCUUAUCACUCCACUUAUACAAAUUAGCCAAUUAAAAACAGGACAACAGGGACUGUACUAAAGACAGGUUACAGUAUAUUGCCCAGCACAGUCGGAUUUCUGGGAGCCGAGUAAGAGGUCCGCUGCCGUAUACAGAGGUGGAUAUUUUAAUGAGGGGAACCGACUCCGUGUUUACACCUGAGAGAGAUUACCAUAAGACAUUGGAAUUUACACAAUCCUGUUUGGAAGAAUAACUGUGAAAUAUUGUUAAUCCUUUAAUAGAAAUGUCAAGAAUGUGUACAAGAUAAUCUUACAUUCUAAUCAGACUUUCAUGGCACAAGAAAUACUUCCUAGUAUUAGCUUCCGGUCAAAGCUGGUGGAACUAUGGCCAAAGAAAGGCUUUGUACAGAAUGAAGAAUAAAUUCAAAAGGAAGAACAACACUCAAUGCAGUGAUAGGUGUGUGCUUAAGGAGCUCACAUUGCAAGCAUGUGGUUUGGGGGUUCAGUGCCACUGUGCUGCUCCUUGUCCAAGUCUCUUCUACAAUAGCCCCAGGUUCACAAUGACUUCUGAUGAAGUUUUACAGAAGGAAACUGUGUGGAAGUCCAUCAUAUAGAUAUUUAUGUUUGAGAUUCUUUAUGUCUGGCAAAAGAGAUCAACAGACUGAAUAAACAAACUUGAAAAAAAAAUGAGUAAUGAAGCCAAUAAUUUUGAUUAAAACCUUACAAAGCAGUGCCCCAGCAUGGCCACACACUAGUAAUUGAAACAAGUUGAAGAUAAAGGGAAAGAGACUGUGGUGAGAGAAGGAAUGUUAUAGAAAAUAUAUUGUGUGAGGUCAAUGUUAAUGAAAAAAACACCAUCAGGAAUGAGUGAUUUGACUGGUGAGAUGUCCAAAGAUACAGAAAAUACAUCACACCAGUGUGAUAUCUGUGGAAAGUCCUUCUCUCGAAAAGGUAACCUCACAGUUCACAAACGUAUUCAUACAGGAGAGAAGCCACAUCACUGUAUUAUAUGUGGUAAAUCAUUCACGCAAAGAGGCAGCUUGGCUGCACACAAGUGCAGUCAUACGGGAGAGAAACCAUAUCAUUGUGAUAUCUGUGGUAAAUCAUUCUCCGCAGGAACUGACCUAACCAGACACAAAUUCAUUCAUACUGGAGGGAAAUCAUAUCCCUGCGAUAUCUGCAGCAAAUCAUACUCUCAAAAUGCCAGCUUAAUUGCACACAAACGUGUUCAUACAGGAGAGAAACCAUAUGACUGUGAUAUCUGUGGUAAAUCAUUCACUCAAAACAGUACAUUAACUACACACAGGCGCAUUCAUACGGGAGAGAAACCACAUCACUGUAUUAUAUGUGGUAAAUCAUUCUCUGAAAGAGGCAGCUUAGCUACACACAAACGCAUUCAUACAGGAGAGAAACCGUAUCACUGUGAUAUCUGUGGUAAAUCAUACUCUCAGAUUGGUCACUUAUUUGCACACAAACGCAUUCACACAGGUGAGAAACCAUAUGACUGUGAUAUCUGUGGGAGAUCAUUUGCUCAAAAGUAUCAAUUAACUACACACACACUCAUUCAUACAAGAGAAAAACCAUAUCACUGUGAUAUCUGUGGUAAAUCAUUCUCUCAAAGAAGUACCCUAACCACACACAAACACAUUCAUACAGGAGAAAAACCACAUCAUUGUGAAAUCUGUGGUAAAUCAUUCUCUCAAGUAGUUCAAUUAACAAGACAUAAAGUUUCUCAUACAGGUGAGAUGUGAUACCUGUGUAAUAUCUCUGCUCAAUCAUUUUCUCAGAAAGUUUGUGUCAUCACACAUCAACACAUUCAUACAGGAGAAGCCAUUGGGAUCGGGUCGGUCGGGACCCCCUUCAGUCAUGACACUGACCAUGGGAUUGCAACUAGAAGGUUACCCUCCUAGUCACAAGUCCGGGCAAGGUUGUUUA